AUGUAUUCCUAAUUAAAAAAAAAAAAGUCUCCAGAUGCACAUCCUUCAAUUGCUAAAGGUUAAUUUUCUAAUGAUCAAAAAUUUUAUUAAGAGUUGACUUAAAAAUUAUGGGAAUCACACCCUACAGACGAGAAUUAAGAAAUAUCUGUAGAUGUACCAUAAAUGUAAACAAAAAGAGCAUAACCAUAUUUGAGUGAAGAAAAUAACUUAACUCUUGAAAAUCGUAAACUUAAAGAAACAAUAAUCUAGAUGAAAUUAGAAAUGUAUAUAUAAUUAAUUUAAUUAGGAAGUCUAAAUUGGAGGCUGAUUUAUUGAAAUAAAAAAAUGAAUUCUAAACCAUUUUAUAAGAGUAUGUAGCUUUCAUCGAUAAGAUUUUAUAAGAUAAAAAAGAUUUAUAGUUAUAAUUAGCACAAUAUUAAAAAUAAGAACCUUAAGAAAGUUAAAAUGAAUUGAUUGAGCAACUUCAUUUCUUGUAGGAAGAAAAUUUCAAGUCCCUCUAAUAAUCAGAAGAAUUUAGUAAUAAAUUAAUUUAAAUUGAAACUUUGUUAAUAAAUUUAGAAGAAGAAAAAAAAAUUGCUUAUGAGAAAAUUGAAUAACUCAAAGUCUAAAAUUAAUAAUUAAAACAGCAUUAUGAAGAAAAGCUUUAAAAUAUGAAAUAGCAACAUUAUGAUGAUAUUACAAAAUUUGAAUCUAUAGUAUAAGAAGCACUUGAUAAGAAAGACUUUAAAAUUUAGAAACUAAAAGAGCAAUUAAGCUAUUACACAGAUCAAUUUUGA